AUGGAACUGGAUCGGCCGAGCGUCAGCAGAUCGGGCGAGCGGCCAGUGACCCGUUGGAAGAGGGAACCAGAGUCGCCGCAAGUGUUUACGGACUACCCGAGCACGGAUCCCACCUCGAGGCCAUCGUCGUCCUUCCAAAGGCCAUCGUCGGGGCGACCGAUCUCCCGUCGUGGACUAAAAACCGACGUUUCCGACUUUGGCGUGUCACGCCCCCCAACCAGCGGCAACAGACGCCCGCCGUCGCCCCUCCUCAACCGAAUUCCCACGGCUACCUCGAGAACCGGCACCCCCCAGGCGCGCACCAGCUCCGGCCUGCCCAGGAACUAUGUCCAGAUCAUCGAUCGGCCCAUCACCCAACAAGGAAUCGGCGUGCGCUCCGGCUCGGCGAGAGCCCCUCCACCCAAGCCAACCGAUCCAUCCAGGGAGAUUCAGGAUGACAGGCAACAACUCGUGCAGGUGAAGAUGGACAACGAGGUGUCGCGCGACUACGAACACUACGAGGCAACAACGCUGGUUGAUCCCGAGGUGGAGGCCCGGGCUCUGGAGGAGGUGAACGAUGCCAUCGAGGAUGCCGAGAAGAGGCUCGAGUUUAAGCGCCAAAUCUCGGAAAAAUUCGCCAGCGGCGUGGACCCGGACUCGGGCAUGAAAACCGAGCUGCAGGUGGAAAUCGCUCUCAUGCAGGAGGAUUUGGACGAUCUCUACGAGAGACGGGCCAAAAUCGUGGAGAAAAUCGACCUUUCCCCGAUGAAGCAGGACAUUUUGGACAUUUCCGAGAAGAGGAAAAAGAGCGCCAGGAAGCCGGACGACGACGAAAUCGAGGCGGAUGUGGAUACAGCGGAGAAGAUCGACGCGCAGCAGCAGGAUUUGGAGUCGUUGGAUGAAUCCAACGGGGAUGAAACGGUGUCUAGGCCGAAAACGGCGAAAACCGGUAUAAGUGAUCGAUCGGCUAGUAGGGAUUAUUUCCCCGAGUCCGAGUCGUUUGGGGGGUUUGAGAAGCGAAAUUACGACGAUUUGGCGGAUAAGAUAAAGAAAAACGAGGCUCAUCGGUUUAUUAGCGUAUUGGAGGAUAAAUUGCAAAAAUCGGGGAGUGAGCUUCGUUUCGAGGAAACCGACGACUCGUCCGAGUUGACAAAACUCCUCGUCGACGCCGUUUCACGGUACAACCUCGUCUUGAUUAACAAUGUCAAGUUGGUUUUUUUAUAAUACAUGAUUUUUGUGUCACACAACUUUUACUGUUUAAUAAUUACUAUUGCAUUACCGUUGCUUUUAUUUUCAUCCUUUCCAACAGUUUGUUUUUUGUUUAAUUUAAGCAUAAGUUAACUGUAUACGUAUUUAACAUUAAUGACAUAUUAAA